UUAACCUACAUUUAUAUUUUUAUGAAUAUAUAAUUUUAAUUUGAGAUAUUUUACUUUUAUUUGAAGAUAAUAAUAAUUUUAUUCAACAUAAAAACAAUUAUUCAAUCAUCUAAUUAAAGCAUGGCUAAAACAUAUCAAGUAGAUUCAUCAAAACACAGAAAUAAGUUGUCUAAAGCCUACAGGUUCAAGAAAAAAAUAGGAAGAGUAAAGAAACCAACAGAUAAUAAUGGCUUAUCACGAGAACUAGCAAAAAAACCUAAAAUUAUUAUUCGUAACUUGUCUUUUAAGACUACUGAAGCAGAGUUACGUAACUUGUACAGAUCAUUUGGUGAAAUUGAAGAAGUUAAACUACUAAAACGUCCAGAUGGCAAACUUGUGGGAUGUGGAUUUAUACAAUUUAGAAAUCUAGAAGAUGCUUCGAAAGCUAUUUUCAAGACAAACAAAUCUGAAUUUCUUGGAAGAACAAUAAGUACAGAGUGGGCUAUUCCCAAAUCACAAUUUAGUGAAAAUUUAAAAAGAGAAAAACCAGUGCCAGAUGAAGUGAACGUUGAAGCGGAACAAAUAAAUGGUCCAGAAGAAGGAGAUACAUUUGUAGAAAAUUGUGGACUUGAGAAAGUUAAUCAGAGAAUUAAGAAGAAAAAAACAGAAGCUUUUUCAAACAAAAAUAAAAAUGCUCUUUCCAAAGCUGAACAGAGAAAAUUAUACAAGUUGAAAAAAAGGCAAAAAAGAUCUAGGAUUGUCAUUAGAAAUUUACCCUUCACAAUUACUGAAGAACAAUUGAAAGAACAUUUUUCAAAGUAUGGUAAUAUAGAAGAAAUUAAAAUGCUUAAAAAACCGAACAGAAAAGCGACUGGUUGUUGCUUUUUGCAAUUUGAUCGCGUGCAAAGCGCGGCCCAAGCUAUACAUCAUGAAAAUUUGAAAACUCCUUUUGGUCGAGCAAUGGUUGUUGAUUGGGCCAUUGCCAAAGAUAAAUAUGUUGAAUUGAACACAGGAGAUAGCAUUAAAAAUGAAAAUGACGAAGGACAUGAUGUAUCAAUAGUAAAAGAAGAAAUAAAUGACAGAGAAGUUGAAAUCAAAGAAGAGGAAGAAAGCGAUAAGGACGAAAUAAAACAGGAGGAAAGCAGCGAAGACAAUGACGAGGAUCAUAGCGGCGAAGAUGAGGAGGAAGAAGAAGAAGAAGAAGAUAAAGAUGAUAAGAGAAAUAUUGCGAAACGAGAAGUAGAUUCGGAAUCUGUAGCUUCUGCGUCAGCGCCACAUCCCAAACGAUUUUCAAACGAUAUUAGCGAGGGAAAGACAGUUUUUAUAAAGAACGUUCCAUUUACUGCCAAAAAUGAGGACCUUAAACAAUGUAUGGAGCAGUUUGGACCAGUUUAUUACGCAUUAAUAUGCAUGGACCCGUUGACUGAACACUCUAAAGGAACUGCUUUUGUUAAAUUUGUCAACGUCGAAGAUGCCGAAAAAUGUUUGGCAGCCGGAACAGAAUUGAAAUUGCACGAUCAAAUUCUCGAUCCACAUAAAGCUCUGAAUAGAAAGGAAGUGACAGAGAAAAAAGAGGACAAGAAGAAGAAAAUGAAAGAUUCGCGCAAUCUUUAUCUGGUAAAAGAAGGAGUAAUUCUUGCGAGUUCGCCGGCGGCGCAGGACGUCUCGGCAUCGGAUAUGGCUCGACGAUUGCAGCUGGAGAAAUGGAAAUCGCAAAUGUUGCGUAACCUCAGCAUGUUCGUGUCGCGGGUGCGACUGGUCAUACACAAUUUGCCGCCAAGCAUGGAUGACUCAAAGCUGCGCCAACUGUUCAAGAAGUACAGCAAUCCAAACGCGGUAAUAACGGAGGCGCGUGUAAUGCGAGAUCUCCGAAAAGUCGACGCUAAUCUGCUUGGCAAAUCCAAGGAGCAUGGCUUCGUGACCUUUACCAAACACGAGGACGCCCUCAAAGCACUCAGAAGUCUUAAUAAUAAUCCAAAUAUUUUCAGUAAAACCAAGAGACCUAUAGUUGCUUUCUCGAUUGAAAAUCGAAUAAUGGUCAAUGCAAAGCAGAGGCGAGUAGAAAAGAGCCGGCAAAGUAAUCCUCUGUACACUGACCGGAAGAGGACAGCUGAGGAGAACGAAGGAACGCUGAAAUCGGCGAGCAAAGAUGUGGACCAAGGCAAAAGGCAACUUAAAAGAAGGAAAAAGUCGACAAAUGUCGAAUACAAGGGCAGAGCAACGAGCGAGCAAGGCGUUGCAUCGUUUGCCGGUACCACAAGCAAACCCGGCGAUACCGGGACACACGGUAAAUUUUUCCUGAAGAAACAAGCGACGUUGCACGUGGAAAAUGUGAAAGAACAGAAGAAGAAAGCCAAAAGCUUAAAAAGGUUACAGUCGAUAAAGGUGGAGCAGGCCGCGAGUAGAAAAGAAAUUAAACCAAAACAGGGCAGCAAGAGAAUGGACGCUGACGAGGUCAGCUUUUCUCGACUGGUGAAAAGUUACAAGGACAAGCUGACGUCCGUGGGUGCCAAGUCCAAAUGGUACGAGACUUGAAGAGACGAAAGUGAAAAGCGCCGGGAGCGCGUGUGGAGUGAAUCUUAAAAGAAAGCGAGAACGUGUACAUACA